AUGCGUGUGGGUGGAGAGACCAGCGCGCCACGUGGAAAACGAAACCGCGAGUGUGGGUGGGGUAGAGAGGAGGGAGAGGAGGACCGGUCUUCGGGCGUGCAGGUCUCCGAGUCCGGCAGCAUUGUCCCUGACGCCGGCACACGUGCCCUAUCUGAUGUCCUCCAGUUUGUCGAGCAGAUCGAGGCGUACUACGUCCUCGCAAACAACUCCACCCCAGAGCACAACCUCGUCAGCACAGCACAAGAAAUUGCACAGGAGCACAACCUGCGGAACUUGCAGGCCAAGGUGGCGGAGGUGUACACCAACGUGCUGGAGAGCUUUGCAAAGAAGGAAGGCCUGUUCCGCAUGCACAUGAUGGGCAAGCGGGUGAACCAAGCAUGCCGUAUCGUCAUCUCACCCGACUACUUGCUGGAGCCAAACGAGGUGCUACUGCCCCGCCCCUUCGCCCGCGCGUUGACCUUCCCGGAGCUGGUGUGCAGCUACUCACCAGCGCGCAUGCUGUUCCUCAAGCGGUGCGUCAUGAACGGCCCAGAUAUGUAUCCCGGCGCCACUCACCUGGAAAUUACCCUGACCAGCGGUGAGACGCACUUCGAGGACUUGCACGUGCCAGAACUGAUUCGGGGGCAGCACGCCAUGAAGUACUUUGCGAUGGCCCAUACCGGCUCCCCCACGGUCCACCGGCAUAUCCUCGAUGGCCACCACCUCAUCUUCAAUCACCAGUCGACCCUGCUCAAGGAAUCCCUGACGCGCUAA